AUGGCGUUGGUGUCGCAUCCAUCUGGGGCACCUCAAAUGUACAAAGACCAGGAUGCCAUGCCCAACAACAAGCCCGGGAGUAGUGGCAGUGGUGGCUCCAGUGGCAGUGAUGUGGUUUCGUCGCUCAGCGGCUCUAGUGGCUCCACCGGUAGCAAUAUCCAUCACCAUCAGCCACGAGAGUACACAUGUGUUUCCGGCGUGGUAAGCGGUUUUUGCAUCAUUUUCUUGCCUCUAAUUAUUGCAAUUCAGACUGACUUUAAUUGUUAAUCAGUGCAGAAUUUUAUUUACUUUUUAGUAAUUUUAAUUUUUUCUUGAUGUUUUUGGUUAAUAAGUUAUAAAAACCUAUUAUAAAACAAGCUUAACUAAUGAACUAAUUUUAGUCUGAUCCAAAUCACCUGAUAAAAGCCAUGGUACCCAACAACUCCUACGUAACCCCAGUUUCACCGAAGCGAAGUAAUGAAGUCGACCGUCCGAUUGGCUACGGAGCCUUUGGAGUUGUCUGGUAGGCUUAACUAAUUAUUUUUUUUGUUUUUUGUAGCAAUUUUUAGAACCAACUAACAUUGUAAAGUAUAAGUUCAUAAACAAAUAAGUUUUUAUAUUUUAGGUCCGUCACUGAUCCCCGGGAUAAAAAACGUGUAGCGUUGAAGAAGAUGCCAAACGUCUUCCAGAAUCUUGCUUCCUGCAAACGUGUCUUCAGAGAAAUCCGAAUGUUGUCGUCGUUCUCGCACGACAACGUUCUCGGAUUGCUCGACAUUCUACAGCCAACACAUCCCCAUUUCUUUCAGGAAAUGUAAGUUUAUGUAUAUUUUACUACUUAAAACGGUAUAAUUUUUGAGUCAAAACUUUUUUCUUAAAAUAGUGCCAUAUGUCAAUGAUUUUGAUUAAAAUGCGCGUAUUUGUCCUUCCAUAAAAAGUUUUUUUUGUAUCAAAAGACCUAUUUGUGCCCUCUAAGACAAUACAAUAUCUCUUCCGAUCUUAUUUAUAUUGUGUGUAAUAUAAAUCGGCUAUCGGAGGGGAGCCAAGUUGGUUUUUGUAUCGCGAGGUGCCAUCCGCUGCCGCCGAAUAAUUCGCGCAACCAUUUUGUGGCCUUGUUAAUACCGGCACCGAUUGGAACCGACCGGUACGCGGCUCUUGUCCCGAUUGACCUUGCGUAUAUCUGACAUACGGCACCCUCUAAUAUAAUAUAAUGAAGACUUAAACUAAUUUCCCCUUUGUUUUGCAGCUACGUUCUAACGGAAUUGAUGCAAAGUGACCUCCACAAGAUCAUCGUAUCCGCCCAGCCCCUCACCGUCGACCACAUCAAAGUCUUCGUCUACCAGAUCCUCAGAGGAUUAAAGUACCUACACACUGCCAACAUUUUACACCGUGAUAUCAAGCCAGGGAACCUACUCGUUAACAGCAACUGCAUUCUCAAAAUCUGUGAUUUCGGCCUCGCCCGGAUCUGGGACGCCAGCGAAAACAUUAACAUGACCCACGAAGUAGUAACGCAAUACUACCGAGCUCCCGAACUCCUGAUGGGAGCUCGCAAAUACACCGGAGCCGUCGACAUCUGGAGUGUGGGCUGUAUCUUCGCCGAACUCGUGAACCGCCGGAUCCUGUUCCAGGCUGCUGGUCCAGUCGAACAGCUGAACAUGAUCGUUGAUCUGUUCGGAACCCCCUCCAUGGAUGAGAUGCGGUUCGCGUCGGAAGGCGCCAAGAACCACGUUCUUGCCAUGUCACGCAGAAGUCAAGACCCGCGUCGCUUCAUCGACAAAUUCUCCACGCUGGAUCCAGAAGCCCUUCUUCUGUUACGUAACCUGCUCCAAUUCGACCCCUCCAAACGCUACAACGUCUUCCAAGCCUUGUCCAGUCCGUAUUUGGAUGAAGGACGCAUGAGGUUCCAUUCUUGUAUGUGUUCUUGUUGUACACACAAGCGGGAUCAGAGAAUGGUCAGAGAUCUUGAUCCUGAGGUAAGAAUGUCAAAAUUGAACUUACAAUUUACAUUCUGAUUCGAAUAAGAUGAAGGUGCUUUGUUUGGGACGAAAAACUGUUUUGUACAAAAAUUAUUCCAAAAUAUUAUUCUAAAAAAGUUUCGCAAUUGUAGGCGACAAGUUAUACGAUGAAAGUUUUUUAGAUAUUCCGAAGAAAUAAUCGAUAAUUUUUGGUUAUUUUGGCCAUUUUAAAAGUAUUCUUGUUAUUACUUUGCUGUUUUACUGUAAAAUCAAAUAAAAUAUCACACUCUGUUAAAGUUACCAUCUGUUUGGUCUCAAGAGUCAUGAAAUAUGCCGUUUUCAGCACAAACUGCCGUUCAGCUCACAGUGGGAGAAGGAUCUGUCACGGUUCUCGAUGUUCGACCUUCGGGAGCAACUAUUCAAAUACGUGACCGAGCGCAAGCCCAUGUACAAUAUCCCCUUAUGCAUAAAUACGACCGCGUUGGCGUACAAUGAGUUCAUGAACUCCAGCGUCGCGCAGCCUUCUGAACUGCCACCUCAGCCCCAGAACUGGGAUUCUGCCGCAUAA